CUGUCGCUCCGCCCCGGUAUAAAAGGGGCGCCUCCUCCCUUCCCGCCCUUUUUUUGUGCUCAGUUCGUUGUGAAUUCUCCGUGGGGUGACUCCCAGCGCCGUCGCCACUGCCGCUUCCACCCCCUCACAGACGAACUGCGACCGCCAUGGCUGGAGGCAAAGGCAAAGCGGGAAAGGACUCGGGCAAGGCUAAGGCCAAGGCGGUGUCUCGCUCCCAGCGCGCUGGCCUGCAGUUCCCCGUGGGUCGAAUCCACAGGCACCUGAAGACUCGCACCACGAGUCACGGGCGUGUGGGAGCCACCGCCGCAGUCUACAGCGCAGCCAUCCUGGAGUACCUCACCGCCGAGGUGCUCGAGCUGGCGGGCAACGCCUCCAAGGAUCUGAAGGUGAAGCGCAUCACCCCUCGUCACCUCCAGUUGGCCAUCCGUGGCGACGAGGAGUUGGACUCCCUCAUCAAGGCCACCAUCGCUGGGGGAGGUGUGAUCCCUCACAUCCACAAGUCUCUCAUUGGCAAGAAAGGGCAACAGAAGACAGCCUAGCCAGGCCCACAGCUCCCCACUUGCUACACACGGACACCAUUACCACUCACUAGACAUGAACACACGCUACACCAACACACAGACACCAGUACUACUCGCUACACACACACGCUACACAUGAACACACGGACACCGGUACUACACGCUACACACGGACACGCGAUGGAGACGUGAACAGGCAGACUCGUUCACCGCACACACUCGCAUAUACACACUCGCACGAUACGCCACGGACAUUCACACACCUCUCGUUCACUCGCACGGACAUUCGCACACCACUCGUACACUUGCACGAUACGCUACGGACAUUCACACAUGAAACACUCGCACGGAUAUUCACGCACGCCAGCGCGCACUCAAGGUUGUCACUCGCACUGCUCACACUCCCAUUCUGGCUUGCAAGCACUCACACACCCACUGUCA